CUUUUUUAGCCCCACGCGGGGGCCUAAGUCAAAAACUUUGCGAUCAGUUGUACGAACUUGCCGUUUCCCAAACUCGUAGUUGCACAGCUUGUGGUCGAGAAGUAACUGAGAGUACUGUAGUUUGUGUGUAAAUUGCGGGUAGAAUGAAUCGAGAAGCGUCCAAGUCGUCUCUGUUGACGUCUAGUGAUUCGGAACCACUUUUGAAGAGUCCUGCAACACAAAACGUUCGUAACCAUGGAGCAAUUGUUCCUGUUGAAGAGAUUGAAGGCGGUCUUGCUUCGAGCAAUUUUCCCGCUCCAAAUGCAGUAGUUUUCGAUGAUGACAGUGUUUCUGAAACCGAGUGCCAGACAUCAACUUCUAUUCUCAAGAUUCUCCCUGCCCUUCUACUUGGCGUAAUUCUUGGUGCUAUGGACAACACAAUUGUUUCUUCCACGUAUCCCAAAAUCGGUGCUGAUUUCAACAAAUUUAACGAGGUGUCAUGGACAUCGACUUCAUACAUGAUCUCAUCUACGGCAUUCCAACCUUUGUUUGGUCGGUUCUGCGAUAUCUACGGCCGUAAGACGAGUCUGCUGGCCGCGUACACGAUCUUUGGUCUUGGUUGCUUGUACUGCUCUCUUUCUCCAUCACUAGGCCAUCUUAUUUGUGCUAGAGCUCUUGCUGGCAUUGGAGGCGGUGGAAUGAGCUCGACAGUAACGAUUCUGCUGAGUGACCUGGUUCCGCUGAAAGAACGUGGAACAUACCAAGGCAUCGUGAACGUUUUCUUCGCCGCGGGUUCUAGUUUGGGUGGUCCAGUAGGCGGAUACUUUGCUGAUCGCUAUACCUGGCGUCUUGGUUUCUUCAUCCAGGUGCCAUUGCUGGCGAUUGCGUUCACCACCGUGUCCGUGUGUCUGCAUCUGCCUCACCAGCAGGUCAAGGAAAGCUUUGUCGAAAAGUUCCGUCGUGUUGACUGGUCAGGAACUGCCCUACUCGUUGCAGGUGUAAGCACGCUGACCACUGCUUUGACUCUCGGCGGAAACGUUUAUCCCUGGUCAGACAAAAUAGUCCUCUCGUUGCUCGCAAGCUCCGUCAUUUUCUAUGCUAUUUUCGGCUUGAACGAGGCAUUUUAUGCUGCAGAACCUCUAGCACCUAUUCCCGUGCUCAGCGAGCGUACAUGUCUUGCCUCGUACUUGAGUAACUUUUUUCAAUUCUUGGGUCAACUUUCACUCUCAUACACCCUUCCGCUGUACUUUCAGGCAAUCAUGAACGAGUCCACAUCCAAGUCGGGCUUCCGUCUCAUUCCACUUAUUGUUGGUUCGAGUAUUGGUUCUCUCAUGGGUGGUAUCGUCAUCAACAUUACCGGCCGUUACAAGUACAUCACUGUUGGCAGCUAUGCCCUUAGUUGGGUUGCCAUGAUGGUUAUGACAACGUUUAGUGAUAAGCCGGCAGAAGUGUCGUACAACACUGCUCCUUUCCUCUCUGGUUUUGGUAACGGCAUGGGUGUGACAACAACUCUGAUUGCUAUUAUUCACUCUGCCGCUUGUGAAAGUCAAGCUAGUGCAAUUGCAACCUCAUACCUGUUUCGCUCAACUGGAUCUGUGCUGGGUGUUUCCGUCUCCACAUCUAUUAUUCAAACAGGCUUGUCGCUGAUUUUGAUGAAGAAAUUAGGCCCUAGCACGGCUGAACCUCUUCUUGAUCAUCUGAAGGAAGACAUUACCUAUAUUCAUCGUAUUUCUGAGGAACUUCAACCUGUUAUCCUUCAUGCUCUUCUUGUGUGUAUUCGUUUGGCGUUUGCCUUUGGUUCGCUGAUGUACUUUUGCGCUACAGUGUCGGCUCUUGUCAUUCGCAAUCGCAAGAUUACUGCGUAGAUUCAAACAAAACGAAGUGUCUGCUCGUUUCUGUUGGUUCUUGCACACACACACACAUUAACUCUAACUCGUUUUCUCUUUCGUCGUUCUGGUUGUUCUGGUCGUCUUUCUCUUGUUCUAGGAUUUGCUGUUUUCAGCCGGUCUCCUCAUUCUGUUUCCCACUCUUUUCUCUCUUUUUCUUUUUUUAAUUAUUACUUUGCUAAUAAUUCCUAGACAUGAGUGUACUAGCUGUUCUAUUAAAAUUCCGAAUACUCUUUCUUUAAUUACUUCUAGUCAGUGCGCUUAAUUAAUUUAAUAUCUAACAUCUGAGCUAGCA